AGUGCGUCACACAGUCACAUGACUUCCGUGAAUCUAAAAACAGUAAAAAUGUGAGAAGACAUAACGUCCAUCAACAGGCAGCAGACACAAGAAUAUUAAUCAAACUGAGACGAAAGUGUUACAAACCAGUAUCCAGAAAAGAGAGAUUAUCAAAGGAAGUCUCGACACAAAGCAAGAAGAGGGCAGACUUGUUAGGUUCUUCAGAAGCUUCAGAAAAGCAGCGGACGCCUUACAGAUAAUGUGAGAUGUACCAAGAAGACAAAGACUCAAACUUUGUUCAAACAGAAGUAGCAAUGAAGAAAAUUAAACAUAGAACAGCAUCGUGUCUAAUAAAACAUCAGCAAAUCUUAUGACUGGAACAUCGGUUAAUGUUCUGCAAUUAAAUUUUUUUAUAUUAUUCUGGAGACACUGAAAUUUUACUGAGGACGAGAAGUGACGUAAGCUAUAAAUGAAAUCUCUGUGCAAGAAGUUGUGUGUUGUACGUGGCAGAACAAGGACAAGACGCGUUUUCGGGAUGAUAGUCCGUGCACUCUGCAUUGCGGUCUUCGCAUUCUUCAUCCGACCUUUGCGAAAUACCCUGACCCCUUUCUGGCCGCGCACCUGGCAAGAGAUGUCAACAUUUCAGGUGAUUAAGAUGUACAUUAUACAGCAGACCUGGCCGGAGACUCCCACCAAUCCUGUCCACUGCCAAGUGCCUACGCUCAAUUCUUCAACUUUUUUACUGGCAGACGACGCAUCAUACGACAUCCUCGUCCCGUAUGCGCUGAAAGGUCGAGCACAAGACGAACAAUUGUUCACGCAUGCGCACCAGUGGGUGAACGCCAAUCCCGAGCGCAAGGCUCGCUACUUCCGCUUUCUCCCCCAGAUGACCGUCUUUGACAAGGCGCGGCUCCUGUGCACGUGGCGCGUGUUUGACAACGCUGUCCGAGCUGCCAACAUCCCUUAUUUUUUGGUGGACGGCACCUUGCUGGGAGCCUAUCGUCAUCGCGGCAUGAUUCCCUGGGAUGACGACAUCGACGUUGCUAUGGAUGCGCGGAUGGUGGUCAAGAUCCGCCAGGUGUUGGCUUGCAUCCCUGGCUACUCCCUCCGCGUUUUUAGAAAAGCUCACUGGAAGUUCUACUCAAGUAACACCUCUAGCAUUCCCAGUGUCUGUCCUGAAAAUUUCACAGUUCCAACCGCCAGUGACUGUCAUCACGACGGCUGUGACACCAGAAUCGUGUACACCAACGACAGCGGUGACGUCAUCCGUUAUCCCUUCAUUGACAUCUUCCUCUACACCAGCGACGACACUUACACCUGGUGUCUGGCCGACUACGAGUUGCCAACCCAGGCUGUGAGAAGUACUUUUCUCUUUCCUUUGACAACGACGUCCUUUGAAGGAUUCACUGCCCCCGUGCCCAGGCGCACGAAGGAGAUCCUUGCUCUCGUGUAUGAUCUCGAUAUUUGUUUGUCGCCUUUCCACAACCACCGGAUAAGUCGCGGCAUGUCAAGCAGUGAAAUAUCUCGAGCGGAAUGCCGGGAGUUGAAAGACAUGUAUCCUAUGUACAAUGUGGUGUGAAAUGAGCCAGUCGGCCUGUAAAAAUUACUGAUGUAACUGUUUAAUGUUUGCUGAAUAUCUGUAGUGCUUUUAGCUUCUUAAGAUUAGAGUAUGAUUAGAUUAGAUAAGAUUAGAGUCGUUUAGAGUAUGAAGUGCUGACUAGAAUUAUGUCAGAGUUAUAUCACUCUGAGACAAGUGGCUCUGUACACUGUGACUACUUCUUUCGACUUUGGAAGAGAAAGUCACAAAUUCGUUUGCAGCUCGCUCCGGACGAUGAGUGAGAAAACUUCCUUUGCUUUCACAGAAGGAUAGACACCUUGUUUUGUGUGACAGGUCAAAACCGGCAUAUGACAUCUUUGAUCCCAGUAUACCUCUUGAUCACCUUACACGCUAUUGCAGAAUCUCCACAACCGUUAUACGCCGAUUGGGAAACAUCCUGACUAGUCACACUCAGUCAAGUUAAUGUUAAUAAUAAGUCGUCUGCUCUUUCAUCGGGAAUUUCACGGGAACUUGUCGUUGGUAUAUUGCUUUUUAUCAUGUACACUAAACCACUGUAAUUAUAUUUAUAUAUAUAUUAUAUAUUAUUACUUCAUCUGUAGCUUCUACACUACCUCCAUAUUCUUAUAUGUUUACACUGCAUUAAGACACCUAUGCCUACCAAAAGGAUUGACGAGCAACUCUUCUCUUAUGCUAGACCUAAACUGUGAAUGUUUGAAACAUUCAGCAUUAUCCAUGUUUUAAGAAAACGAUGUUUACGGAAAUACACCUAGCAUUAAUUCCAUUUUCAUUGUAUUCCUGUGUUCUCCAUGAUUAAAAUGCGUAUGGUCAUAUGUAUGUAUGUUUUGGCACAAAAAUACAAUUUAAGAGAGGGAGAAAGAGAGACUUGACACAUAGACCAUUGUGCAUUCGACAGAUUUAGCUAGAUAAUUGUGUACUAUAUUGAGAAAGCAUUAUUGAGCGUUUGACACCAAGACAAUGAGAUCGUGGGUUCGGAUCUCGCUCCCGGUGCCUAUAAUUUGUCUCUAGCAACUUGGCGUCCGUCUUCGGAUAGCUUGUGAGGACGUAGCUGUUGUUGCAAACAUCCUGCUUGUACCCGAGAUAUCUGGUAGUAGGAUUAGAAAGGUAGGUUUCUGUGACGUAAUGUACAGGCAAAGUUUCUGUUGUGCUUUUUCGUCGAUCGUUUUUCUCUUUCUCCAGUUCCUGCCUUUUUCUAAAGAGAAAAUAAUUACAGUCACUCACGAUCUUCGCGUUUAAUGGAAUUAUUCAUGACUGGCGACACUUUGCCAUGAACUCUCCAGUGAACACGACAACAGAGGCCUUUCACAUCGGCUUUGUGUUCUUUGUUCAGAUUUUGUGCCUUUGCUUGCUUUAGUUUGUUCGUUCUUUUUUAAAUUUUUUUGAGAGUGAUUUCAUCGUGCUAGGGCGGGUAGAGGAGUAAUUGAAUGUGUUUACAGUGGUUCUUUUAAAUAAUUAUACUAAAUCUCUGCUGCCUAAUCCAUUAGUUAUUGUUUACAAGUUGAUGAUGGUAAAUCUGGCUGCCUGCAAGGUUACUCAAGGCAAUAUCUAUUUGUGAUACUACUGACCCGCUGCACUUAAUGACCAGAACUGAGUAACCCUUGUACCCUCGUUCCCGGAGUGUGAGUGUGAGAGAGAGAGUCAUUUAUAAACAGUGUUAAGUUUGAGAAAGAUAAGGAUGAAUCAGUUGUGUUCAUCAGGUUGUGUUAGGGGCGAGCUGGGGGAGGAGAUGGACUUUCAGGCUAUUGUCAUCGUGCACAUGUCGGAGAAGCGUGUUGAAAACAAGCGCGAUGUUUGAUAAUUUGUUGACAGUGCUCACCUUUUAUCACACCAGUUCUGAAUUCCGUGAAAGUGUGCUUGUUCUGAUACACACAUGCUUUGGAAACAUUCAAUAUUGUUUGGUGGUUCACCAUUGCGUUCACUGGGCGGUAGAAGGAGAAAGGUUGAAUUCCAGUUCGGCAUGGAAACUGUUUUGGGCUUUGUGUGGCUUUCGUGUGAAUUUUAGCUGUUCAAAAUGAAGUCUUCCUUACAUUAUCUCACAUUGUUACCUAAUGUGGCUGCCAGUGUUGCCACAACGAGUUUGAAUCCUGAUGAGAUUUGUCAGACCUAAAAAGAGAGUCACUGGGGCGUGAAUAUUAUAAUUGCAGCAAUAUUUUAACAGAGGUAAAAACCGAACCCGUUCCAAGCUUUUUGUAUCAAAACCAGGAGUUAAUGUUUCUAUCAGACCACUCUUCGGUUUUAUGAGUACAUUGAUGUUCGAAUGAAAAUGCGAAUUCACAUGCUACCCAGACCCGCAAUUCUUACUUUUCAUGAUGACUAUUAAAAUACCUGAAGCCAAUUUGAA